AAAAUGGGCAUGCUUCGAGGUCGCUUCAAAGAUAGCAUUUCAAUCUUAUUUUCGCACAGAGCUGAUUAUCAGAUGAUUUGUGAUCUUGAAGGAGGAGAUAUUUGACCAAAGUCUAGCGCCUUCCUUGCUUAUAAGUACCUUGCCUUUCCUACACCUCCAACUUCUGCCUCCCAUCUCCAACUUGGAUAGUUUCAACACCUGCACAAUCAACCUUGCACCACACAGGAGUCCCAUGAUGGCUGCACCGAAGAUCAUUGUCCUUGGCAGCCUCAAUGGCAAUAUCGAACCCGCCCUUAAGAAGAUAGCCUCUUUGCACGCAAAGAACAGCUUCGCUCUGGCCCUCUUGACCGGCGAUGUGUUUGCCCCCGAGACGGACGAUACAGUUGUCGAUUCUUUGCUCAACGGCUCCAUCGACAUUCCGCUUCCCACCUACUUUACCGUCGGCACUCACCCUCUUCCGCCACGCAUCGCCGCCAAGAUUCAGACCGACGAAGACAUUUGCCCAAACCUGCACUACCUUGGCAAGCGCAGCACGACCAAGACAUCCGAUGGACUAAGAAUCGUCUCUUUGGGCGGUCAGCUUGACCCGAAUCUGGUGGGCGGUCUAUCCAAGGAACAGCACCUCCCAUUUCACACCAACGAUGACGCGAAAACCUUGAGAGGCGCCAACUCGGCCGAUAUCCUCCUCACGUCCAUGUGGCCAGCCAAUGUGUGGAAGGGCUCGAAUGUAGCCCUCGAUCCCACACAGCAAGCCUCUCUUCAGACCAGCGAGGCCAUUUCUGAGUUGUGUGCCGCGCUGAAACCUCGGUAUCACCUGUCUGCGUCCCCGGGAUCCUUCUUCUACGAACGCGAACCCUUUGUCCAUCCCAACGAGAGCGACGCAGACCCCAUACGGGUGACAAGAUUUAUAUCCAUGGCGCCUUUCGGGAACCAGGCCAAGGCCAAGGCCAUGUACGCCUUCACACUCAACAAGACCGACACAACAGUACCACAGGGAGUGACGGCCUCGCCGUUCAUCGCGAAACAGAAGCGUCAGGCACCAGCAGAUAACGUCCGCUACGCCCACUCUGGCCGCGACGGUCACCAAGGCCGGGGUGCUAAGAGGCGUCGCCAGCGUUCACCCCCACCUGGUCCGGACCGGUGCUACUUCUGCCUCUCGAACCCCAAUGUUUCUCAGCACAUGCUAUGCAGCGUUGGCGAUGAGACGUAUGUCACCGUCGCCAAAGGGCCUCUCCCCACUGCGACGACUUUUGCUGAUCAGGGACUCGAUUUUCCCGGUCACCUGAUCAUCAUUCCCUUCGCCCACGAACCUACUAUUCCUAGUAUGGGGGACGUCACAGACCCGGCCGGCCCAGCAGCCGCUGUCUACAACGAGAUGACCAGACUUCGCGAGGCAAUUCAAGCCAUGGUCGCCAACAAGUCGAACCACAAGCUCGGUGUCGUCACGUGGGAAAUCAGCCGCGACCGCAAUGUCCAUCUCAUCUGGCAGCUCAUGCCCAUUGCGGCCGAUCUCAUCCAACGCGGGCUCGUUGAGGCCGCUUUCAAGGUGGAAGCGGAAAAUCAGGCGUUGCCCGCAUUCGUUAGCAAGGAUAUCCCACUGAAGCAACAGGCGUCCUACGGGGACUUCUUUCGCGUCUGGAUCUGGGCGGACAAUGGCGAGGACAAGAUUAAGGGAAAGUCCAUCGUCAUGCCCCUCGAGUCAGAUAUGCGGUUUGACUUGCAAUUCGGCCGCCGCGUCAUGGCGAAGCUCAUGGGCCUGGAGAACCGCGUCAUUUGGCAGGACUGCGCGCAGACCGAAGAUGAGGAGAUGGAAGACGUGAAAGCUUUCAGGAAGGCUUUUGAGGAAUUCGACUUUACGCUCUAGUUUUGAUACCCAGCGUGCCUCGUUUUGGGAACACAAGUCCAUUUUAGACGGCGUUAUGGCGGCAUGGGAGAAGCAACGGGCAUGGAGAUCAGGAGCAUCUAAAUUAAAGACAGUUCGAGCACGGGUUAAAACGGCGAAGUUGGGCAUCCACAUUCGAGCACAGCUUAUAAUGCAUAGAAAUCAGACC